AUGAUAUCUCUUGAUGUUACACCCCUUUCUACUUCUAUUCCCCAGGACCUGGCGAUCGAGACAAUCGAGCUGCUUCUACAAAGCAAAUACGAUGAACCUGAGAAUCGUCUUGGACACGACCAAGUCCUUCAGCUCCUGAAGUUCUGUGUCAGGACGUACUUCACAUUCGACGGGACAAUCUACGAACAGGUGAAGGGCACACCCAUGGGUUCGCCAAUUUCAGGAUUCAUCGCCGAGACGGUCCUGCAACGGUUAGAGUCGCUGGUCUUCCAACACCACGAGCCGAAAGUCUGGGCCCGGUAUAUGGGUGAUGCCUUCGUCGUUAUCGACCGGGAUCAACCGCUGACAUUCAAGGAACAUGUGAAUGCGGUCUUCCCGGACAUACAAUUUACGAUGGAGUAG